UGAGUGCCUGCGGAAUCAUCUACGCAGGGACCACACGCGCUAUCUUUCUCUCUAAUAACAAUUUACCAACGGAUGAGGCAGUGGGAAUUACGGCGACAUGUAGGAGGGAAAAGGACUAUCGUCCCCUAUUAAGAUAUGAUUGGUUUGAGCUUGACACAGAAUGGUCUCCUCGGUGACCCAGACAAAGAAUCGCUGAUGGAUUGGCAAAGAGUCUACCAAAGUGAUAAGCCUAACUGCUCUUUCUUCACGACGUAUGUCAUUGACCUGCCUGGAUAUGGAGAGACACGUCUUCAGUUUGAAGGAAUCUGUGACUUUUUUGUCAUCUACUUCUCAUGUUCGGAGGAAGUGAUGACAUGGGCCACCGGGUCAGGGGAUGCCGCAUGGGUGCUGAAAGAAAUAUCCAACAUACGCAAUCUUGACCUCGAGAGUUCGCAGAAGAAUGUAAUCAAAAAACAGACAUGGUAUAUGCUCGUAUACUCAAGACUAGCUGUCCUUCGCCAUUUCCUAUGUUAUCUUCUAAACUUCGAUGUGGAGCCUCUUGAUGUCCAUUGAAGGUUCUUUCUCCUCCAAGCAUACCCUCCAUGCUUAUCUGAUAACACUGGUAUCUUCCUCGAAAUCACCAAAAUUGCACACCUUUGUAGUAUAGAGGUCUUAGCGAAGCAGAUAGACCUUGGGCUUCGAAAUUGCAACAGCUCCGUGGUACAGCUGCUGAGGAAGAAUGC